ACUGAAAGAGUUCAGACCGCCUUAAUUGGUUACUGCGCUACAUUAUGCAGAAGGGUACUCUAAAUACUGGUGAACAGCAAUCUUCUGCUGAAUUUUUCGCACAUGAUGGGAUUUUUACACUCGAUUCAUCGCAGUGGUUCAGAGUAGUGAAUUCCUUGACGAAUCUGCAAGUUUGUAACAAUUAUCUGGUCGGUGCUACUUCUAAAAACACCUUAAUAAGAACGUCCACUGUUCCUCCUUACAAUAUAUCUGAAAUUGAAAUUAGCCGCCUUUCAGAUGACCGAGUCCAUAAUAUUUUUCUGGAUCCUAUGGGUUGGCAUACUGUAAUAAGUAUGCAGUCUGGCACAAAUUUCUACAUCAAUAAAGGUAUGAAAAAGGUCCGCCCUUUAAACAAGACAAAAGAUCAUUUGUUUGACUCUAUAGCUUGGAAUCAUCAUAAUGUUAAUGAAUUGUCUACACAAGAAAUUUUAAUCGGUACAAAUGAUGGACUAAUAUUUGAAACAAUGCUUAUGUUUAAUGAAGAUAGCUUUUUUAGUUCGGGAACUAUUGAACAGUAUUGGAUCCAGAUGAUUAAUUUAGGACAUAGUGUAACAGGUGUAGAAGUGAUUCGCUUUCCUAUUGGUUCGCCUAAUGUACUAGUUGGUGAACCGCAACGAUGUGUAGUCUUUGCUACAACACCUUGUCGUAUGUAUCAAUUCGCUGGAUGGAUAAAUACUAACAGUUCAACAACCGGUUCAAUUUUAUCUCAUCUAGCAGCAAAUACUGCUACAUCCGGUAUAUCCAAUGCAAUAAAUGCUUAUACUGGAGGUCAUAGGUCUAGUUUAGUGAAUGAAUAUAAUCAACAACAAUCUGUUGGGAUACAAAAUACAACUAUAUUUCCAAUUAUCACUGGACUAUUCUCUAGUGUAUUCAACUCAGAUGAUAAACUACCUGUUGGAUCCAAAGUUACUGAAUUUCCCGGAAGUUUUGGAUAUAGUGAUUUAAAACUUUAUCGUAAUGUAAAAGAUGAACUCCCUAGUAAAUUUGCUUGGAUGACAGGUCCAGGUGUUUACUUCGGUUACAUAAGAACAGAACAAUUAAGUAUGCCUCCAUUUACAAAACUGUCAACAAAUGAUCAACCAAUUGAUGUAAAAUCAUUUCCAAAUGAAGUUGUUUCCCUUCUACCUACUGCCACUGAUAAUACAGAUGAUCCGAAUCGACCGAAAGAUAUAUUCUCUGGUCGUGGUGUUAAUUUAACGCGAAAUACAAAACUUAUCCCAUAUCCAAUUAUUCAUAUGCUUGAACGACCUGGUGUACCAUUAGGCAUUUGUUUGACAGAAUUUCAUCUUAUCAUUAUCUAUGUGGAUCGCAUUAAAGCUGUGAAUACUUUAGAUGGUCGAGCAGUUUAUUCAAUGCCGUUAAAUAAUAUCAUUGGCUGUGAACGGGCUUUAGGUAUAUCGCGUGACUCAUUAUCUAAUCAUAUUUGGAUAUUCAGCAAUAAUCAUUUGGCUCGAUUAAAUAUGAAGAAUGAAUUAUGUAGAAUAUGGCAAAUCUAUUUGGAUCGUCUACAGUUUGAUGAAGCGCGCCAAUUUUGUCAGGAUCCUGGUCAAAUGGAUACCAUCAAUAUACGUGAAGCGGAAUAUAAUUUUGAUAAUGAAAACUAUGGACUUGCAGCUAAAUUAUUUGCUCGUAGUUCUAUACCGUUUGAACAAAUUGCAUUACGUUUUUUUCGUUUAUCAUCAUCAUCAUCAUCAACAACAACAACACAUACAAUAGAUCUUUCAUCAACCAUUAUACCAUCUACAUUAAUUCAACAAGGUUAUGAAAUUAAUGAUGAUCAUGAUAUUAUGGAAGCAUUAAUUAUUCAAUCAAAACAACAACAUCCAAUCAAUGACAAACUAACAGGACUAAUUGAUUCAUCUAUAAAACAAUGUAAAUCAUUCAUAACAUCAUUCCAUUCAUAUAGUAGUACAUUGACACCAUUGAAAAUAUUUUUAUCAUCAAAAUUAGAUUAUUUAAUAGAACAGAAUAAUCAAAUAAUAAGUAAUAUCAAUAAACAAUCAGUAGUAAAUUUAUCAGGUCAAAUAAUUUUAUUAGCAAUUUGGUUAAUAGAAUUAUUAAUAACUGAAUUAAGUGUGAUACGUGAUCGUCUUAAAAUGAUAACAAAAUUGGAUCAUAAUAAUGAUGAUGUUGAUGAAAUAGUUAAUGAUAAUGAUCAAAAUAACAAGAUGAUUAGUGAUGGAAAUGUUACCGUUAACAAUAAUGAUAAUUGUGAUGAUAAAGUUAAAUUAACAUUACAAAAUCGUCUAGCUUCUGUACGACGUGAAUUUCGUACAAUCAUAGUAUUACCUGAAGUAUUGAAUUUUUUACCAGAAGCAAAAUCUUUGAUAUACGAUUUACUAGAAAAUCAUGGUGAAAAUGAUGAACUUGUUUAUUUUAUGGAAUUAAUGAAAGAUUAUCCUCGUUUAGUGGAUCAUUAUAUGCGUCAAUGUAUGUACAGUGAUGCCUUAAAAAUAUUAGCCACCUAUCCAAACUGUUUAAAUCGACUAUAUGAUCAUGCAUCAUGCUUAGCUAGUAAAUGUCCAGAAGAAUUUGUCAAUGUAUGUCUUCGUUUAAACAAUAAAUUGGAUACUAAUCGACUUCUACCUUCAAUUAUGUUGUUACCAAAUAAUUAUGCAAUAAAUUACUUAGAAGAUACUAUUGGAAUAUAUACUAAUAAAAAUAUAUCAAAUCAAGCUGUACAUCAUAUGCUUAUUUCAUUAUAUGCUAAUGAAUAUCAUUUAAAUCAUAAUGAUGAUAGAUUAAUGAAAUAUUUAGAAAAAUUUAGUAUCCAAGCAAUUCAUAUAAGACGUUUAAAACAACAACAUCACCAAAAUAUUGUCGAUAAUGGAGAUUUAUUCAAUGAUUAUCAAUUAAUGAAUAUAGAUUUAACUGAAUUAUCAUUGUUAGAACAUGAUAAUGAUACAGUGAAUGAUUGUCCUACCGGUAAUGUAAUGAAUAAACUAAAAUGUUUAACAAAUCAACAUCAAGAACAAGAUAUCCAGUCAUUGUUACCCUAUGACCCUGGUUAUGUGCUUCGUUUAUGCAAAGAAGUUGAUCAUUUAAAAGGUGUACUUUAUAUACUACAAUUAUUGGAUAUGCAUCAAGAAGCUUUACAAUUAGCCAUUGAAUUGAAUAAUAUUCCAUUCGCUAAAGAAAUUGCUCAAAGUGAAUUCUUGAAUUCUAAUGUACGUCGUCAAUUAUGGAUUCAAUUAGCACAACAUAUUAUUAGUACUGAUGGAAGUAUGCAAGAAGCUAUCAAUUUAUUACGAGAUUGCCCUCUAUUGAAAUUAGAGGAUAUUCUUCCAUAUUUUCAUCAAUUUGUUACCAUUGAUCAGUUUAAAGACGUGAUCUGUUCAUCACUGGAUUCGUAUAAUGAACGGAUUGAUAAUGUGAAAAACGAAAUACAAAGUACGAUGAAAACUAUUGAUGAAUUACGUACACAGUCGAAUAAUCUACGAUAUAGAUAUGAAAUUAUAGAGAAUGAUUCACGUUGUACUCAUUGCAAUCACCUUUUAACUUUACGUGCAUUUUAUGUAUUUCCUUGUGGUCAUAAUUUUCACAUAAGUUGUCUCACUGAAUUGGUGAAACCAUAUUUAUCAGCAGAGGAAAAAUCACAAUUGUCAAAAGUUGUCGAAUCUCAAAAUCUUGGAAAUAAUCCAUCUGUAACUAAUGUUGAAGUUAGUUAUAGCACUGAUUUUAUUGCAACUUAAUUCUCCCAUUUUAUCUCAUAACACUUAAAAUGUUUCGUAAAAUUACUUGGAGAUUCGAUCGGUUCAUCCACGACAUGAUUAAAAGCUUCAUCUAUUCUUAUCGGCCCAAUCAUUCACGAAUUUCUCACAAUCUACAGUAAAUGACUACAGAUCUAUUUGAUGAAAUCAUUGCUAAUGAUUGUGCUCUAUGCGGUCAUAUAGCCAUUGAAAAUUUAUCUAAAUUAUAUUAUGAAAAUCAAGUGAAUUAUGAUAAUGAAUUAUCAAUUUGGCAAUAGAUAUUUAUCUAGAAACAUGUAUAGAUAUAUGUAUGUCUAUCACACUUCAUUCUGCACCACAUGUUUAUCUAACACACACACACAUGCACAUAAUGGGUUCAUUACAUUAUACCCCUUCAUAUUAUGAUUAGUAUACAGACAGGCCUGUGCACAUACUUGUGUGUGUGCAAGAUUACGUAAUUUGUCUUUCUAUUCUUUUGUGCUCUCAAUGAUUUUAAAACUUGAUGCCGGUUAUUUGGUUGUCUCUUCUUUAAUUUGGAAUUUUUAUUAUUAUUAUUUAUUAUAAUUUGGUCAAAUUGAUUUUGUAAACUUGGCCUUUUUUGGUUGAUAUUGUAUAUACAUUUAUUAAACAAAUUGUAUUUAC